GAGAGAGGAGAAAGAAAGAGAGAGAGAGAGAGAGAGAGAAUGGGUGGGGGAGGUGUAAAUUCCUGCAUUUUUUCAAUAUUUUUUUUCCAACUAUCACACCAUCUUUAAAAUGGUAGGUCUGGAAAAAUACUACACCCGAAAGAUCGAAUGCCGUCAAUUAAAUAAAACAGUAUUCACGUACCGUGUACUCGUCUAUGACAACGCAACCUAUGACAAACGAUGCUAAAAGCUGAACGCUACGAGGAAUUCUUACUUUAUUUUGGAAUGCACCAGAGUUAUCUGUGGAUUCGAGUUCAAUAAACGCUUUGGAUUCUACCAGAAAGGAUACAUCAUUACAGAGACACCUUCGACACCGACAUGGCUUCAGUCGACGAAUAUGCGCAUGAUAAGGAACCCAUGGUCAUUGAUCACGGAUCGUUUGAAAUACAAGCGGGGUUCGCCGAAGAAGACUGUCCUCGGACCGUCUUCCAAUCCAUCGUCGGAAGACCCCGGCACCAAGAGGUGUUAGAUGAUCUGACUACUAAGCUCAACUUUCGGGAUAGCUAUGUCGGGGAGGAGGCACAGAACAGGCGGGGAGUGCUUACCCUUACCUACCCGAUCGAACGAGGUAUUAUCGCCAAAUGGGAUGAUAUGGAAGCCGUUUGGAGUCAUACAUUUUCUGAAAUAAAGUUCAACCCACAGGACGAGGGAGCUGUGCUGUCACAAAUACCCAACAAUCCAAAGCCAAACAAGGAGAAAAUGGCUGAGAUAUUUUUUGAGAAGUUCCAAAGCCCUGGGAUCUGUCUAGCGAAUCAGGCUGCUCUUGCCCUCUUUUCUUUGGGUAAGACGUGCGGACUCAUCGUGGAUUCUGGACAUGGCGUCACCCAUGUAGUGCCGAUCCAUCCAGAGAACCCCCUCCCUCCUACUACUCUUCAAAUGGACCUUGCUGGCGGGGACUUGGACGAAGCUUUGUUCUCUCAUCUUGUUGACGAACAUAAAUACAACGGUAGACUAACGGACCUCCGUGUCGUCAAGGAAAAGCUUUGUUACGUCGCGCUCGAUCCUGACAACGAAAGCCAGGCCCGUACACCACCGAUGUACUCUUCCGAUCAGAACACCUACGAGCUCCCCAGUGGCGAGACGAUCACCGUCGACCCCGCAGAGCGCUAUGGAAUCCCUGAAGCUCUCUUCAAUCCAAGCAUCAUCAAGAAAGACUUCUUUGGUAUUCACGAGAUGGCCUACAACAGCAUCAGUGGCCUUCAGACCGAUGUCCGCGAGGACCUUCUUAGGUUGGUCUACCUAGUAGGAGGUUCUACGCUGUUUCCGGGAUUUAAGGAGAGAAUGAAGCGGGAGCUGACUGCCUUAGCUCCUCCCUCCAUGAAGGUCUCUAUCGUUGCAACCCCUGACAGGAAAUAUUCCGUCUGGAUCGGAGGUUCCAUCUUUGCUUCAAGAAAUCCUGACUAUAUUGAAACGCAUUGGAUUAAGAAACAGGAGUAUGAGGAGAUCGGACCCGAUGUGGUCCAUCGGAAGUACCUAUAGGUUGUAUCCGCGGAUGCUACUCCGCGAUCUGUGUUCUAUAUCUACAAACCCUGGCUAUUUUCGCGGCAAUCUGAAUUUGAAUGUGUAUAUCAUGCUCACCUAAUAAUUAUGUUUCAAAACAACCUAGGCUUAUUACGAUGACACAAUUCAGUCGGGGUCGGGUUUUCCGAAAAUAGAUUUAUACUGACGUUACUGACUUUAAGCAGAUUACUUUGAAAAUGCCUUGUUUGUCUACCAUUUAAUAUGUUUUGCAUAAUAUAUGGGAGACGUUUUAUCGUGAAGAAGAAAACAAUCUUCACAGAAAGUUUUUAGAAUGUCUUAUGUGACAUGGUUUAUAUAGAUACUUGACUUGCAAGUUUUAUUCUGUUUAUUUUUAAAGGUACAUGUCGUUGGCCCGAAGGUUCACGAUUCCAAAAUACCCAUGUUUUUUUUUUUUUUUAGGAAUUAUGAACCUAUAAGUUUGUAGAAAAAAGAGUGCUAUCCUUCUUUUUAUAUGUCUGUGUAUGUAUUGAAAAAGGUAAUGAAUAAGUAAAUAAUGGUAAAUGAUCAUAAGGCUUUAUUUACAUAGGGUAGCCACGUUAGUGCUAAUAAUGCUCUUCCAAAGGGCCCUGUAAUUACCCCCCCCCCCACCCCCACCACUUAUAAAUAUUAUGAACCCAUCUUGUACAUCGGGUCAAGAGGGAGAAAAUAAUGUGGGCAGAAUAGAAUAUUCAAGGAUGUAAGCAACCGGCAAAGUUCGAACCGAGGACCUUUCAUAAUUAUGAGAGUCAAAAGACAUCACCAAUAUACCGUGGUGCCCCCCCCCCAAUCAUUGGGAGACUAGAUAGAUUUGCAUUUAACAUAAGUAAAACUAAUUAAUACAAAUGGAUGAUGUCUCAUUAUCAUUUUGAUAAAUACUAUUAAUCCAUACCUAUACGAAAAGGAAAUAAAUAAAUAAUCUAAAACGUCAAACGGAUGAACCCUUCCAAAACACGAAACCAUUCCUUAAAUUUCAAUUUUGCUCUAUUAUCAAUGUCAUCAUUCUGUGUAUUCCUGUUUGAUUGGAACGUAUGAACGUGUACUUAUUCAUGAAGUUUAUUUCUUGUUA